AUGGUCGCAACCGCAGAUGGCUCGGGCUCCUACGAUGAAACGUCUCAAAAAUCAUCGUCCUGCAAGAUGCUGCAUACUCAGGGUAGCAAAAUCGUUGACCCCUCGGGAAAACGCGUUAUCCUGAAGGGCUCCGCGAUUGGUGGCAUGCUCAACAUGGAGAACUUCAUCACCGGAUAUGCCGGCCAUGAACAUCAGCACCGACAACAAAUGGCCGAGGUCAUCGGUGAAGAAAAAGCUCAGUUCUUUUUUGACAGACUCUUGUAUCACUUUUUCACAGACUCUGAUGCUGCAUACUUUGCGUCACUGGGAUUGAACUGCAUUCGUAUUCCUUUCAAUUAUCGUCACUUUAUCAACGACAUGGACCCCGAUAAUCUCAAACAAUCGGGAUUCGACUGGCUUGACCGAUGUGUCGAUAUUUGCGGUAGACACAACCUCUAUGCCGUCCUUGAUCUUCAUGCCGUUCCUGGAGGACAGAAUCAAGACUGGCACAGUGAUUCCGGACUAUCACGAGCCGCAUUCUGGGAUUUCAAGGAUCAUCAAGACCGAGCAAUUCAGCUAUGGAAGGCUCUUGCAGCACAUUACAAGGGUAACCCCGUCAUCGCCGGAUACAACCUACUCAACGAACCCGCCGACGAGUCAAAGACACCCGCAGGCUAUUAUGGCGAUAGGCUGAUCAAGUGGUACGAAAGGGCUGAGAAGGAGGUCAGGGCCAUUGAUCCCGACCAUAUGAUCUUCAUCGACGGAAACACCUACGCGAUGGACUUUCGAGCUUUCCCUGAAAACCCUCUUCCCAAUGCAGUUUAUGCAUGUCACGACUAUAGCUUUCUCGGAUUCCCACUUGGAGAGCAAUACGAAGGCACCGAAGACCAAAAUACGAAGUUACGCAAGAGCUUUGAGCGUAAGGUCCAGUUCAUGAGAGAGAAGAAUGUUCCCAUUUGGAAUGGCGAGUUUGGUCCAGUUUAUCAGAACGAGCAUAAGGAAGGGGAAGAAGGUGUCAAGAUCAACAAAAAGAGAUUCAACCUGUUGCAGGAACAACUCGCUAUCUAUAGAGAAACAGACGUCAACUGGUCAAUCUGGCUCUACAAGGAUAUCGGAUACCAAGGCAUGGUUUACCUUGACCCCGAGUCAGCAUACAUGCAACUUAUUGCACCCUUUGUGGAGAAGAAACAGCGCCUUGGUCUUGACUUUUGGGGCGUGGUCAACAAAGAUGGGGUCAAACACCUUUACGAACCGUUCAUCCAAGGACUCAAGGAGGAGGUGCUGGAGAAAUACAGAGAUACCAAGUAUCCAAAAGUCUGGACCUUUGAACGGCAGUUUGAGCGUGUUAUUAGGGAGUGUCUCAUGAGCGAAUAUGUUGGGUGGGAACUGGCCGAGUUGUUUAGGAAUAAGACGAAGGAUGAGUUGGAGGAACUUGCGAGCAGUUUCUCUUUCGAAAAAUGCAUCAAGCGAGAUACACUGGUUAGUAUACUUAGCCAUGACUCGAAGAUUUCAGGAAGUAAGUAG